AUGGAGCAGAGUGAGCGACAGCCCUUGCUCUCUUCAUCCAGCCGAAACAAUGACUCGCAACCAAUAUCACUCGGUGAUCCACGCGUUGAAAUACCCACCGAGUUCCCAGAGAACCUUCCCGGCUCAAGUCCUGGGAAGAAUCUCACCUGGACCAGUGCAUACAUUCUUGUCGUGUCACGCGUCAUCGGCAGCGGCAUUUUCGCGACGCCAGGAUCCAUCGUGAAAUCUACCGGGAGUAUCGGUCUAACUCUCCUAGUAUGGAUCUUCGGUACUAUUCUCGCAGCAUGUGGAAUGGCCAUCUCGAUGGAAUAUGGUUGCAUGUUGCCUCGGUCGGGAGGGGACAAGGUGUACCUGGAGCACACCUAUCCCCGACCGAGAUUCCUUGCGUCUACGCUUAUCGCCGUGCAGGCAGUGCUGCUGGGUUUCACUGCUAGCAAUUGCAUAAUUUUCGCAAAAUAUACCCUUUUCGCAUUAAGUGUCGAGCCAACUGAUCUGCAGCAUAAAGCGCUUGCGGUCGGCCUUUUGACUACGAUUAUCAUUAUUCAUGGGCGCUUUUUGAAGACGGGAAUCGCGAUUCAGAAUGCCCUAGGCUGGGUGAAGAUCUUUUUGAUCGGUGCGAUGUCGCUGACAGGCAUUUGGGUUUUACUUCUUCGAUUUUUCGGCAAUUCCCAUCAUAUCAUUCCCCAGGAAAGUUUCACCAGUACUCUGUCGUGGGAUUACCUAUGGGAAGGUUCAAAUUGGAGUUGGGGUCUUUUGUCGACGGCCAUUUUCAAGGUCAUGUACUCCUACGCAGGACUGAAUAACAUCAACAACGUGCUCAAUGAAGUACAAAAUCCGGUACAGACAGUCAAAACCGUCUGUCCAUCGGCAUUACUGACCGCUGGCGGUCUUUACUUGCUGGCCAACACAUCUUACCUGCUGGUUGUGCCAAUAGACGACAUCAAGAACAGUGGUGAAUUGGUAGCUGCACUACUGUUUGAGCGCUUAUUCGGUGAUCAUAUUGGGAGAACACUGCUUCCACUUGCCAUUGCCAUCUCAGCAGCAGGCAAUGUGAUGGUCGUAACAUUCGCUCAUGCUCGAGUCAAUCAAGAAAUUGCUCGCCAGGGAUUCUUACCCUGGCAGAACCUCCUUUCCUCCUCACGUCCAUUUGGAACUCCACUUGGUGGUCUACUAGUGCACUAUAUUCCAUCCGUGCUGGUCAUCUCUAUACCGCCACAAGGAGACGUCUACAAUUUUAUCUUAGAUGUGGAGGGAUAUCCAGGCCAGCUCUUCGCUCUCGCAAUUACCGUCGGUCUCUUGAUUCUCCGGUAUAGAGAGCCAAACCGUCCUCGGCCUUUCAAAGCGUGGCUACCAGCUAUCUGGAUCCGCAUUGUGGUUUGUCUGGCGUUGCUGGCAGCGCCAUUCAUCCCACCACCGAAUUGGCAGGGCGAUGUCGACUUCUUCUACGCAACCUAUGCUAUUGUGGGAAUAAGCGUGAUCCUUUUCGGGGUGCUCUACUGGUAUAUAUGGACCGUACUUCUUCCUCAACGCGGGGGGUAUACAUUGGAGGAGGCAGUGGAAACGCUGGACGAUGGUACGAAUAUUACGAAACUUGUCCGCUCUUACGAUAUUAUUCGAUGA